CGGCACUACUACAUGACGUCACAACCCAGCAAUGACCUCUCCUGCUAGCUAAGGCUGGCUAGCCGGGAGUACUUCGCCAAUAUCGCAACUGAGCCGAAUACAUUUUGAAAACAAUGGGGCAGACGAAGCAAGAAGAAGAAUACGGAUACGAUUUAUUCCCGGAGAGGAACGCGGGGAAAUACAAGAAGGGCUCUGUCGCAGAGAGCCUUUUAACUUUCAACCACAAAUGUCAGGUCAUGUUACAGUUAGCCGUGGAAACCAGUCCAUAUGCCAAACUCCUCCUCGGUGCCAUGAAGAACUCUGGAUGUACAGUGUUUAAAGACCGCCAUUUUGCCUGCGAAGAUUGCGACGGGACGGUCAGCGGCGGAUUUGACGCAGCGACGUCCCAAAUUGUCUUGUGUCAGAACAACAUCCACCAGCAGUCGCACAUGAACCGAGUAGUCACGCAUGAGCUCAUCCACGCCUUUGAUCACUGUCGAGCUCACGUGGACUGGUUCAACAACUUCAGACAUUUAGCGUGUUCCGAGAUUCGUGCAGCCAACCUCAGUGGCGAUUGCUCCUUUUCCAACGAGGUGGCCCGUUUUCACUUUGGCAUGAAGCAGCAUCACCAGGAAUGUGUUCGUGGCCGCGCCCUGCGCUCCAUCCUGGCCGUGAGGAAAAUCAACCGCCAGGCGGCGGAGAAAAUCGUGGAUGAGGUCUUCGACACGUGUUUCAAUGACCACGCGCCCUUCGGUCGGAUCCCGCACGGCAAGAAGGAUGCCAAGUUUGCUCACAGGGAUUAUGAGAACAGGAAUCGGUAUUAUGCAAAUCUUUAGGAUGGCACACAAAGUUUUGAUGGAUUUUUUUUUUUUUUUUUUGGGACGGGAAGGCGAUAUGCCCCCUGGGACUUGUCCUUGGAACAAGAAACAUUCAUUGUCACGUUUUGGACUUGAGUUUUAUAUAAAGGGGAUCAACAUAGUUAUUUUGGAAGCCAAAUAUCAAGAAACACUUUUUUUUUUAAAUCUUGCAGUGACCUUCGCGAAUCUACUGUAAAUACAACAAAAUCAAAACCCCAUGGGGAUUAAAGUACAAACUUCUUCCAAGUCUUUAACAGCCAACUUGAGUAGAAAAUGAAGCAAGUCCGAGUUCUCCGUCAAUGUGCUCGUUCCGAUCUUGCCAUAAAAAGUCAUUGGCGAAAUCGUCCAUUGGACAUUAGUGCCACAAAGGAUCCCGUAUCCUUCCGCGCGGGGGUAAUGAGGGGCUGGAAAAAAAGUUAUUAGUGGAAUUAGCGUCAUAAUCCCUCUCCAUUAUCCUUCCCUUCUUCUUAUAUCUCAAAGACGACACCCUCCGCAUCCUAAUCGCACUUUCACUCGCCGGAGAAAUAGACUCCAAGUUGUGCUCUGAUUUAAAAAAAAAAAAAAGUACACACAAGGCAAAAAAUGAUUAGGUUUAAUUUAAGGGAGCUUAGCAAGACGAUGACAACGAGCUUCUUGAGAAAACGAAAAGACCAGACUGUGACUCAUACUCUGAUUUGGAUUAGUUGACUAAACAAAUGGUGCAAAACAACAGAUUUAUGACUGGAAUUGCAGACAUAUCAAACGCUUGCUUUGAAACGUAUUUGUUUAACUCGGGCACCCCAAACUUCACAUGCAUUAUGCAUUUUUUUGUUUUAGAUUCAAGAUUGAUUCCCUUUGCAUCACAUUCGAGCAGCACUAUUUGCAAACAUCUUGUAGUUCCUACUCUGUCCUCUAGAGUGUACUUUUGGACCACUAAGCUUCUUCCUCCCAAACAUUCUGCUUCUCUUCAAAGUUGACAAGCAAAUUGCUGUCCUUUUUUUUUUUAACUGAUACACAUAAUUGAAUCUGUCUCGUUGAGUCUUGCUUGAGUAGAGACGAGGUGCUGUAAUAAAAAGUGCCACAGAGGAGA